UAGCUACAAUUAAGCUAUGGCUCUAUUCUAUGCUCCUCUCACUUCUCCCCCAAACUCCUCAUUCAAAUCCCACUUCCCAAUUCAACUCCCCAACCACACUACUCAUGAGGAGUUCCCAGCAGCUCCCAGCUUCCUAAACAAGCACUUCUGCACCACACUCAUCUCCGCAAAGCUGCGGCCGCGGCCCGCUGCGGCCACGGUGUGUUCGCGCGGCCCCGACACCACCCCGACGGAGGGAGUGUCGGCGUCGGUGGCGAAAAAGCAGAAGCCGAGGAUUCUCAUCGCCGGCGGGGGGAUCGGGGGGCUGGUCCUCGCGCUCGCGGCGAAGAGGAAGGGGUUCGAGGUGGCGGUUUUCGAGAAGGACAUGAGCGCGGUGCGAGGCGAGGGGCAGUACCGGGGGCCGAUACAGAUACAGAGCAAUGCGCUCGCGGCGUUGGAGGCGAUAGAUAUGGACGUUGCCGAGGAGCUGAUGCGGGCCGGGUGCAUUACUGGGGACCGGAUAAACGGCCUCGUCGAUGGUAUCUCGGGCACUUGGUACAUCAAGUUUGAUACAUUUACUCCUGCAGCGGAACGCGGUCUUCCGGUCACGAGAGUUAUUAGUCGCAUGACUUUGCAACAAAUAUUGGCUCGUGCGGUUGGUGAUGACGUCAUUAUGAAUGAAAGCAAUGUUGUCGAUUUCGUCGAUGACGGAAAUAAGGUCACGGUCAUACUUGGGAAUGGGCAACGGUAUGAAGGCGAUCUUUUGGUCGGAGCCGACGGUAUAUGGUCAAAGGUGCGUACGAUCUUAUUUGGACCGAAGGAGGCAUCUUAUUCAGGUUACACAUGCUACACUGGUAUUGCAGAUUUCGUGCCUCCCGAUAUUGAAACUGUUGGGUACCGAGUAUUUCUUGGUCACAAACAAUAUUUCGUUUCUUCAGAUGUGGGUGCUGGAAAAAUGCAAUGGUAUGCAUUCCAUAAGGAACCUCCUGGUGGCACUGAUGCUGAAAAUGGUAAAAAGGAGAGGCUGCUUAAAAUAUUUGGCGGUUGGUGUGAUAAUGUGGUGGAUUUGAUAAAUGCAACUGAUGAGGAGGUAAUUCUUCGUCGUGACAUCUAUGAUCGAGUACCUAUUAUGAGGUGGGGGAAGGGUCGCGUUACCUUGCUCGGGGAUUCUGUCCAUGCUAUGCAGCCAAACAUGGGUCAAGGAGGUUGCAUGGCUAUUGAGGAUGCUUAUCAACUUGCUUUAGAACUUGAGAAAGCAUGGAACCAAAGUGUGGAAACUGGAACUCCUAUGGAUAUUGAAUCUCCUUUAAAACGUUAUGAGAAGGAGAGAAGAAUCCGUGUUGCCCUUAUAUAUGGUAUGGCGAGAAUGGCUGCAAUAAUGGCAUCCACUUAUAGGCCAUAUUUGGGUGUGGGGUUCGGACCCUUGUCGUUUUUGACGAAGCUCAGGAUACCGCAUCCUGGAAGAGUUGGUGGGAGAUUUUUCAUCAAGUUUGCAAUGCCACUUAUGCUUAGUUGGGUUCUUGGUGGUAACAGCUCAAAACUUGAAGGAAGAUCGCCAAGCUGCCGACUAUCUGACAAGGCAAGCAACCAGUUACAAAGAUGGUUUGAAGAUGAUGAUGCGCUGGAACGAGCUCUUACUGGAGAGUGGUAUCUCUUCCCCGCAAGUAGUGGAGAUAAUUAUGCCGCACAGCCCAUUCAUCUGAUUAAAGAUGAGCAAAGACCACUAACUAUUGGAAACCGAUCACAAGCUAGCACGUCAGGUGUUUCAUUAGCCUUGUCCUCGCCACAGGUAUCGGAUAUUCAUGCUUGUAUAACCUGCAAAGAUAACGCCUUCUACUUAACUGACAUGCAGAGCCAAUAUGGUACCUGGAUCACUGACAAUGAAGGAAGGCGUUACCGAGUACCCCCAAACUUUCCUGUCCGUUUCCACCCGUCGGAUAUCAUCGAAUUUGGCUCUGAUAAGAAGGCCGUGUUUCGAGUGAAGGUUCUGAAGACGAUUCCGGAGAAUCUGACAGGCGAAGGGCAGCAAAUCCUACAGGCCGCGUAAUGAACCGAAAUUACUCUUACUAUCUUCAUUCGCAGAUUGUACAGCAUUGAUACGCGCGAAACGCGACUAUGCACUAUAGUUUACUCAUUUUGGGGGGUAAGGAGUGAGAAAAGAUGAUUAGCAAUUUAAUUUAAUUUCUGUUCCAAUUAGAAAUGAAAUAUGUUUGCAAUUUAAUUUGCACAAUAAUUUGCUUUUUGCCUU